AUGUUUACUGUGCCAAAUUGUCAACCAGCUAAGGAACUUUAUGGCUCGCUAGAAGUAAAAUUGCAUACAAAUGUAGGGGAUUUGGAAGCAAGUAGAAUACUUGAACAACGUCUUCAAUUACUGGGAAUAAAAAAUUCUGUACUGCAGGAGAAAGUAGACGUAAAAACUUCUUCUGAAUCGAACAAUUCAAAUAAGCAAAUCACUCUGCUAAUGAAUUCAUUUGAACCGAUAAUUUUUGCGCAGAAAAUACGUACGUAUGAAGAAACAAAAGUAAGAAAAUGUUCAAUUCGAUUAUGGUUAUGGCAUCAAUAUUUAUCACGAAAUGGUAAUUGUUCUUUAUGUGAUCGACCGCUUAAUGGAUUACAUGAAGAUGUGAUAAUGUUAACAUGUGCUCAUGCAAUGCAUCCAGAAUGUGUGCAAGAAAUGCGUCAAAAUCGAAAUGGUUGUCAAAAAUGUGAAUUCAAUUCGACUAAAAUAAAUAAUUGGCAAAAACGAAAGAGAAAAGAUAAGAAAAAAAAAUAUUUAUGCUAA